UUAAAUUUCAUUUUAAUAAUUCUUUUCAUCGUUUUAAAACAAAUUUUUGCGGAGUGUUUUGAACCAAUAGAUACAUUUAAACUUGAAAAAACAAUAAAAAAAGUUGAUUGCGGGGAUUGGAUAAACGAAAAGGGCAUUAAAAAAUUUAAUAAUAAUGAUGGUAAUAAAUUAGUUGGAGGGGGGAAUGAAACAAUGUUUAAAGUAACUUUUACAUGUUUGUUAAAUGAUAAAGUAUUGUGUGAUAAGGCACAAAAAGCAUUUGAUAGAGCCAGUAAUUCAAUUACUAAUACGUUAAAAUUAAAAGAACAAGUUACGAUAAAUGCUACAUUCUUUGAUUUUUGCGGUGAGGGGAAAAAUGAUCUAGAAUGCCCUUUAGAAGCUAUUGCAACUAUUGGGGAAACAUCACCAAAAAGAUUUUAUUCAUUAUUAUCAGAUGAUGAUAAAAUGGAAAGAAUAUACCCACAAGCAUUGGUUAAACAAUUUCAAUUUCCUGAACAUCCACAAUAUGAUGAUUUCGAUAUUAUAAUUCGUUUUAAUUCUAGGGUUCGCUUUUAUUUCCCCGAAGACACAACCCCAAUUGGCCCAAAACAAUAUGAUUUUGAAUUUACAGUGACACAUGAAUUACUUCAUGGAUUAGGAUUUUAUAGUCUUUGGCAACCUUUACCUUUUGAUGAAACCAACGACCUGAGGGCUUUAUGUCCCCCAAUUGUCGUAAUUAAUAGUGGUAAAGAUGGAAAAGUAGAUUCUGAUAGUCCUGAUGAACCUUUAACCGUUAAAGAGUCUAUAUUUGAUAAAUAUAUGAUUAGAUUAGAUAAUGGCAGUUUUAUUUCUGAAUAUACUAAAAAAAUGCAAAAUUAUGUUUCAAGCAACGAAAAAGCAACUCUUCAAGAUUUUUUAGAAAGUCAGUUUCCAAUAAUGAGAACAAUGUUUUUAUUAGCAACGAGACCAAAAUCUUUAGGUUUUUUACCUCAUAAUUCGAAAAGUAUAAAUGAUGCUGUUAUAUUAGAAACUUCUAUACCAGGUUAUCAACCUGGAUCAAGUGUAUCUCAUGUAGAUUUAUCAACUUAUAACAAUACUAGUGAUUAUCUAAUGGCAUAUAAAGGUACUCCUGGUAGAACCACUACCGAUUUUAUUUCGAUUGGCGGAAAUUAUCCCGGUGGUGUGAUUGGACCCAAAACAAAAUCCAUUUUAGAAAGUAUCGGAUAUGCUACUGAAGAAUAUCCAGAACCAAUUAAACCGCAACCUUUCGUAAAAUCAUCCGCAAAGCAUAACUCCGCAGUUCCUAUUUCUGCAAUUUCUAAUUCUGUAAUUUUUAGUCAAUUUUAUAUUAUGAUAUUUGUUAUUGUUAUAUUAUUGUAAACCGUUGUGAUGCUUGAAGUACAAUCAAUGUAAAUAAAUAAUUAAACCGAAUAGUUAUUAA